UACGUCGUCAUAACGUUUCUUUCCGCUGCGAAAUCGCGCGGUGUGUUUUCAGCUUGGUCCUGGCAGACUAAAUGUGGCACACUAGAAAUUUCGCUCAGAUACAGUCUAAGUUGACAGAGUUUAAAACAGCAGCUCUGCUGGAAAAAAGCACCAGCUUCUGUCCUUCAAAAUGAGCGACGACACAGACUCCCCUCCUGAGAGGGAAAUGAAGGAUUUUCAGUUUCGUCAGAUGAAGAAAGCAAGAGUUUUUGAGCCUGCCGAAGAUUUGCCAAAAGAAAGAUCUAGUCUGCUUACCGUCUCAAACAAAUUUGGUUUAACUUUUGUUGGGCUGGACAGAACAUUCAAAGUUUACCUAACACAAGACAUUCUGGCUGUUGAUAAAGCUGAUGGCAGCUCCAAUGAAAUAGUUGACGGAAUACCAGUAUUGGCAGAGGUGACUGUGGAGCUGGCUCUGCACCACUUGGCUCUCAGUUGCGAUGAACUUACUCUGUCAGUUUGUGGCAUGUCCGAGGUGGCGGGUUUGUCUCUCACAUUCUAUGAUGUCCGCACCUUCAUGAACAAGGCGAGACCACAGAAGUUACCUUUUGCAUCACUGCAGCCAGCAGUACCCGCAGGUACCUUAGUGCAGGACCUGAAGUGGAGUCCUGCUCAAGCAUCCAUGUUGGCUGCCUGUCUGUCUGAAGGCAGUAUGAUGAUUUUGGAUGUUACUGACAGUGUCAAGGUGCUGUCCAGCCUACCUGCUUCAGAUGGCAUCACAUGCAUUUGCUGGAGCCCAAAAGGAAAACAAGUGGCUGCAGGGAAAAUGAACGGCACAGUCAGUCAGUAUACACCAGGACUAGAAGAAAAGAAAGUGAUACCUUGUCCACACUUCUACACCUCCGAUGAACCUGUCAAAGUUCUGGAUGUGCUCUGGCUGAAAACCUUUGUGUUUGCAGUGGUUUAUGCUGCUGCAGAUGGGUCCCCUGAGACCCCUCCUGAGCUAGUGUUGAUCUCCCUCCCUAAAAAGGAGGAGAAGGUGGAAACAAAGUAUCUGAACUUUAGUGACACGGUGUACGGCUGCUGCACCGAGCGACAACACCAUUACUUCCUUAGCCACAUAGAGGACUGGGACCUUAUUUUUGCGGCAUCAGCAGCUUCCAUCGAAGUCAGUGUCAUAUCCAGACAAGAUGACAAGAUCUGGGAACUUUGGAUCCUGGAAGAUGCCAGUAGGGCUGAGCUUCCAGUGUCUGACUCGAAUGAAGACACUCUGCCUCUUGGCUUAGCUAUAGACUACACCAGCCAGCAGGAGAUCCACAUCACUGAUGAGAAGACCGUACCCCCAGUGCCCACUAUGCUGAUGCUGUCCACGGAAGGAUUACUCUGCCCAUUUGCCCUCCUUAACCUCAAUCCUGGUGUUAAGCAACUGGUCUCAGCCCCCAACCCCCUCGCCUUGGAGGGGGAGAGACUGCCCAAGCCAGGUUCUUUGGCAACCCAACUACCCAGAGCUGCUGCCUCCACCCCAUCUGCCCCAGCAGCAUUCGCAAACCUCGGUCUUACCUCAGCAGCUGCUUCCACUACUCCAGCCCCUGCUGCCUCUUCCUCUGCUGCCCCAUUCAGCAUUGUUCCCACAGUUCCUGUGUCAUCAUCAUCAUCAGGCUUCACUUUCUCUGUGCCGUCUACCUGUGCCACCUCUGCUCCUUCAGUAUUCUCCCUUGGGGGAACCACACCUUUUGGAUCAGUUGGAUCAGGAUCCUCAAGCUUCUCCUUUGCCUCUAAACCACCCUCUGACACCCCCUCAGCACCGUCAGCGUUUUCUUUCAGCACUCCUUCCAUCAAACCAUCAGCAGUGGCAGCUCCAGCUCCAGCUCCAACUCCUACUCCAGCUUCAACUCCAGCUCCAGCUCCAGCUCCAACACCCCAGAGUAUUACAACUCCCUCCACACUUACAGUGAAAUCAAAUCUAAAUGAGAGAUUUUCAGCAUUGGAGACCCCAACACCAGCCCCACAGUCUUUCUCCUUUAAUACCUCUCUGCCCAAAAGUGUUGUGUCCAACUCAAGUGGUUUGGCUGCCCCUGCAGCCACAGCCACUAAGACACCAGCCUUGUUAGUCCCAGUGCGUCCAGUUCAAACCAGCACGCCACCCACAGUCGUGCAGAAACCUGCUCCUGCUGCCCAGGGCCGUGUCCAAACCCCACAGGCAGCUGUUAGUGUGAAGGCCCUGGAGAAGCAGCUACAGCAAAAGAAAGACUCUGAUCCCAUUAUGGCUGGUAUAUUAGAGGAGAUCGCACACUUCCAGAAGGAGCUAGAUGAUCUGAAGGCACGAAGCGCAAGAGCUGACUUCAAGGUCGGCCCCAGUGAGGAGAUGAAGGAGUUGAGGAAGGAGUCAGAGGACCUCCAUAUUUUCACUUUGGAGAUAAAGGAAACUACAGAGUCUCUCCAUGGGGACAUUGGCACACUGAAGACCACAUUACUGGAGGGCUUUGCUGGGGCAGAAGAAGCCAAGGCCCAGAGUGAGCUCAGCAAAGACAGAAAUUACAGACAGCUGUUGUACAAAAAACCUCUGGAUCCGCGCAGUGAGGAACAGCUCAAGGAGAUUCGCAGGCUGUACCAGUAUGUCAUGUUUGCUGUAGAGGAUGUCAAUGAUGUCCUGGAUGUAGAAUGGGAGAAACACUUGGAGAAGAAGAAGAAACAGAAACACAUGGUCGUGCCAGGGCGUGAGGGCCUGUUCAAUACACUGGCUAACAACUUGUACAUCAUCAACCAGCAGAAGAACAGGUUGGACCAGCUGGUGAAGGAACUCACUUCACUGCACCUCUACAACAAGACUACCACGCCGCCUAUAAACCACAACACUGCUGCAGCAACAAAUGCUGGAUUGGAAAGCGAGCUUGAGAGUUUAAGGGAUGCAUUCCUGAAAGCCAGACUUGACACUACCCCUCCUAAAGCCAAAUCCAAAUCUCCAGCAGUCAAGAUAUCGCCAGUUAAACAGUCCCAGCUGCGAAACUUCCUGUCAAAGAGGCAGAUGCCUCCUGUCCGCUCAACUGCACCAGCCAACCUGUCUCGCUCAGCCUUCCUCUCACCAAAAUACUAUGAGGAUUUGGAUGAUGUGAGCUCCACCUCCUCCCUGUCCCAGUCCCUGGAGCCUCACCUGCCUCACUUGGAGCUGGAGGAGGAGGAACUUCAGCAGGAGCCCCCUCCCAUGACUGUCAUACCUCCAACUUUGUCCACCCCACGCCACCCCACUGUGGUGAGGACCCCCUCUAUCCAACCAGGCUUCGGAGCUAUCCAGUCCACCCCUCUAACCAAAGUCCACCCAGUACAGGGCAUGGGCUUUGGACUCAGCCCUAUUGCCAGUCCUGUUCCAACCAAUAAGAUCAACCUCAGCGGGGCUGAUAGCACUGCUCUUGCCACAAAGACAGUAAAACAUGGAGCUCCACCAACUGAGAGGACCGUACCUGUCACCAUUUCUGCCCAGCAGGCUGCAGCCACUGCUGCUCUCCGAAGGCAGAUGGCCAAUCAGAAGACAGCUGCCGUCAGUGCUUCCUUGACAGAGUCCACUUUGAAGACUGUCCCUCAGGUGGUCAAUGUUCAAGAGCUUAAGGACAGAGGGCCUCCUGUGCCAGUUUCCACUGUUAUAAGCUCAUCAGUACCAGAUCCAGCAGCUCUGGCGGUUCAGCAGGUUAUCGCAACGGUAUCUUCCAACCAGGCCAAACGAAAUUCUAUACAAGGUAUCCAGAAACUGUCCACUGAAAGUACAACCCUCCCACAGAUGGGCUUCGUGUUUGGUCAAUUGGCCAAACCAGAUGUUUCUGUGGCUCCUGUUAGCUCAGCGGAGCAAAGCACCAGCAAAGGUUUCUCCUUCUCUUCAGCGUCCACAAACUUCAGUUUUACUUCAGUUACACCAGGAGCUGGAAUAUCACAAGUGAAGGAUGUGAGUAAAUUUUCAUUCGGUGGAAACGGCAAAAUGUUUGGUCAGACUGGAGAAGAGCCACUCUCCUCGACCUCCCCUGCUGUUGGCACUGCGUCCCCCACCUUGCCUCCAAACACAUCAGGAGAAGCAGCCAAACCCACUUCCUCCACAGCUGCCCUCAGGAUAGAGCCACAGCCCCCUAAAACAAUUGGAGGAGAGACUCUGGGCAGUUUCUCUGGACUGCGUGUGGGUCAAGGAGAAGAAGCUAAAGAUUCCUCUGCCAAACCCACUGCUGCCUCAUUUACCUUUGGGGACUCUGGACUUGGUAUGGGCAAGGGAGCAGCACAGUUUAGCUUUAGUGCAGAUCUCCUGAAGUCUUCAGAAGAUUCUACAGGAGCAGACUUGUCCAAGGGGGCAGUGUCGGGCAGUCUGUUUAAGCCUCCUGAAUCAAACACCAAGCUGGCCUUCUCUGUUCCUCAGUCUAGCUCAACUGCCUCAGCUUUACGUACGUCUUUCAGUAGUCUCCUUGCAGCCCCCUCAGAAGCAUCAGAGGAACCAAAAGCUCCCUCGCAACCUUCAGAACCCACACCACCUCCUGAAAAGGAACCUGCCACUGAACCCCCUGUAGAGAGCGUCAGCCCCUCUGUAAUACCUGAGCCUGCAACAGAUACAGCCACCACAGAAACCACAGAAACCACGACGACAGUUAAAGCACCAACACCCCCUUUGGCCACAACUGCCCCCACCCCAGACCCUCCCUCCUCCAGCACCACUCCAGCUGAAGCAACCCCUCCAGCACCAGCCAGCGCUGCUCCCACAAUAGAAGCCAUCCCAGACUCCACCACCACCACUGCCGCCACCACCACCACCGAUCCUGUGCCUACUUCAGAGGCUGCCACUCCUGCGGUUGUGCCUGUCUCUCAGGCAGCUCUAGCAGCAUUCCAGGUGCCCACUUCUGAAAAGCCAGGUUCCAUUUUUACUCAGCCUCCUCCCGCAACAACGGACAGCAGUUCUCUUGUAGUUACACCAGUAAUCAACACAGUUGCCACUGCAGCCACAACUCCCACCCCUACAACUGCUAACAGUGCAACAACUACUGUUGCUAGCAGUGUGUUUGGACAACCUGCUGCACCUCCAGCCUCCUCAGCCUCCUCAGCCCCCACACCACCAGCAUCCACAGGAUUUGGCUCAGCUGGGUUUGGUACAUCAGCUGGAACUGGUUUUGGUAAGUCAGUAUUUGGCCAGGUAAGUGGCUUUGGCCAGCCUGCCAGCAACACCGGAACAUCCAGUGGCUUUUCUUUUGGACAGUCAGCAUUUGGAGCCAGUUCUAGCAGUGCCACUACUGGAGGAGGUCUUUUUGGUGCUGCUACUGCAAGCAAUGCGAGUUCCUUCUCCUUUGGCACAAGCAGUGCCAACACAGCCAGCAGCAGUGGCACAGGACUGUUCGGAGCACAGCAAAGCACAGCCCCAGCAUUUGGGCAGAGCUCUGGAUUUGGGCAAGGAUCUGUGUUUGGGAGUAACACCACCACAUCCUCAUCUACAGGAUUCAGCUUUGGACAGCCAUCAGCUUUUGGCUGCUCCACCGCCACCCCUGUCUUUGGCCAACAACCCAGCAGUGGGAGUGUAUUUGGACAGCAGCAACCGUCGUCGGGCGGUAGUCUGUUUGGUUCAAGUUCAACCAAUACAGCAGGCUCAUCCACUGCUGGAGGAUUCUUCAGCGGCCUGGGAGGCAAACCGAGCGAAGACGCUGCCAACAAGAACCCAUUCGGGACCACUGCGUCCCCUGGAGGGUUUGGGCAGCCUGCUCAGACAGGUACCAACAGUCUGUUUGGAAAUAGUGGUGCUAAGACCUUUGGUUUCGGACAGUCCUCCUUUGGAGAGCAGAAACCUAGCGGGACCUUCAGUACUGGUGGAGGAAGUGUCGCUUCCCAGGGCUUUGGCUCCUUCUCAACUCCGACAAAAGCAGGCAGUUUUGGCAGCGCACCAGUGUUUGGGAGUCCCCCUUCUUUUGGUGUUUCCCCGUCAUUUGGCGCCGCAGCAUCAUUUGGCUCGAGCCCUUCCUUUAACAACGCCAUGGGUUCCUCAGCUGGUAAAGUGUUCGGAGAGGGAACGGCAGCCGCUAACAUGGGAGGAUUUGGCUUUGCCUCACCUCCCAGCGCCCCAUCCUUUGGUGCUCUAGCCAAUCAGAGCGCUCCGUCAUUUGGAGGCCUGGCCCAGCAGGGCUCUGGUUUUGGAAGUCAGCCCAGCAGCUUUUCAGGCUUUGGACAACAGCCACAGGCUGGAGGAUUCCCCGGAAACACCUUUGGGGCUGCAAACCAAUAAGAGUCCACAAAGCCACAACCCCUGCAGAAGGUCCACUUCAUGAUCAAGUUCUCAAACAUUUGCCGGUUGGAGAAGCUAAUUUUAUUAAACCGUCAUGAGCUAGACGCCACUGCUACAGUACUUUCUGCAAUCAAGCUCUUUGUGCCACACAGUGGGACGAGGGUUGAACGGGUGAAUAAAGUGAAGUAGAAGCCAAAUUUACAUGCAUUGUCAUUGUUGAAAACUUUUGCAUAUUUAAGACAGAAAUUACAAGUUUUAAGAAACUUGUACAGUGCAGUUCAAACCCUCUCUGUAUAUUAACUAUAGGUUUUAAUUUGCUGCAUUCACUGGUUUUAUUAUUAAGAAAACACUAAGAAGUGUUGACAUCCAUACAUGCAGGAGACUGCUCGGUAUGAGGAAUUUUGAAAAGCUCGUAUUGGGCCUUCGAUGCACUUGAAUAGUUCCAUUUUCAGUUAUGUUUUUGAUCCAAAGAUGGGCUGUUAUGAAUGGGUGCAGGAUAAUUUCUGGGCUGUUUUUUUUUUCUUGUUGUCCAGACUUACUUUCAGAGUAUUUACAUCAUCACUGUCAUUUAUGCUUAGGUUUUACUCAUGGACUUCACGGUAAAUAUUUUGGAGACUAUGAUAAAUGCAACUUCACAUCGUGCCUACUGGAGCUGAACAACACGAGGCUCACACACGUCUAAACGAGUUUUAUUACACCAGUUUUUGACAGUGAAACUUUUUUGAACAACAAAUUUUGUAGUUUCCACAUAUAACAAUAACAUAUUCAUCUGCACACAAUGCAACUAAAACUGAUUUAAAUUGGAUUUUUUUAAGAAUGUAUUCAUUUCAUCUGCCAUUGUCCCAGACGAUGCUGAUGUGAAGCUGUAUCCCAGUCUCUAAAAGUUUUACAAUGAAAUGAGUGAGGAGAAUGUAAUUAAUAAUGUGCACUAUGGCAAAAGCUGCAAUUAUCAGUCGGGAAUCUGAACAUAAACUGCAAAAGUUAGUGGUGAAUGUAAACAGGUUCAUGACCUUCAGACAAUGUAGCUACUAACAUUGCUGCACGUUGAUGCAGUUAGGUCUGUGACUGUAUGGAUUUCUUACUGUGGUGAAAAAGAAACACAUCCCCGUGGUUUGGUGUUUUACUGAGCCCACUCAAAACCCCACAGUCAGUAUCACAUGACCUCAAUAUUGCAGUAAUGCGGUUCUGGUCACAGCCCUAGUCGCAGUUUACAGUCUUGCCACACUUAAUUCUUUACUCUCAUAACAUUCACACACCAGGGUGAUGUUUGAUUCAACGUUUAUUUUGUGUCCAACAUUUUAAAGUUUUUGUUUGCACACUUUGACACAUGCAAAUGUGCAAACAAUAUCAAGCUUUACUUCUCAAUAUUCCAAUAAUCUAUCAUUCUCAAUAUUCUUUGGUGGAAUUAUGUAAAACGGUGUUUUCAGCAUGGCUCCAUAAAUUAAAAUUCAAUCCAGUUCUGUCAAUACAGUCUUUAACACACUUGUCAAAAGGUACACCUGUGUAGAAUGUAGUAAAAUUCAACAGUUUGAACUAUAAUGGAAAAAAAAAUUGUAGUUUGAAAUGAAAAAAUAUAUAUUUUCCUUUUUCGAGUGAUUUUUGCAGUAACUCCACUGUUGUAUAUUUUUACAUGAAAUACUGGAAAUAAAUGGAAUUUCUCAAACUGAA